AUGGCGGAGGAAGAGCAUAGCGGGCUUGGAAGUAUGCCUGGUUCGACUAAUGAACGAAACUCGGGUGCUCAGUCGACUUACGCCCAAAAAUACAGCUCUGUUCGUUUGCGAUCUGCAAGAGAAGUUCAGGUGAGUUCGUUUAUAGUAAUUUUUAUAUAUUCCGAGCAGCUUCAGUUUUGCAGCAGGAGCAUUCAAUACUUUCCUGAGAUUAUCACAACAUCGAAGCGUUUGGUAGAUGGUGCUAAAAUGCUCAAUAUCCCCAUAUUUGUGACUGAGCAGUAUCCAAAAGGGCUCGGUCAUACCGUGCCGGAGUUGGGGCUUGAGGAUGUCAAG